AGUCGUCACAAUGGUUCACGCCGAACUCUCCGUCAUCGUAUACCUGCCACAAGCCAAGUCAAUGGCCCACUGGGCCAUUCAUUUGCAAGUUGUGGAAGGAGAUGAUACCAAGCAUAUCAUCCUAUCAGGCGAACGGCGACGAAGGGGAGCUCGAGCUGGAUGUUCGCGAGGCGGAUCCGAAGGCGUCUAGUCGUUUCAGCAAGCAGAUCGACGUCUCUGAUUUGGACGAUGAAGACACGAUUGCUGUGGUUAAAGAGCUCUUAAAGCAACAACCCAUGAAGAAUGACAUCCCUAGCUGGAACUGCCAGGACUGAGUGAUGGAAGCCUUGGAGGCUUUAGACGACGCUGCACUUCUGGAUAACUAUCAGUACCAUGAGGCGAAGGAGACCCUCGAGGAAUUGUUCCACGAGUAGUGUGUCUUUGACAGCUCUUUGUACCAUCAUGACCGCUCCCGCCGGUCGCUUUUCUGAUGUACUUGCG